AUGAAAAGCACGGGAGUUGAAACAAGCGGAGCAGGUGAAGAGAAGGCGGCGCUAGUGGCGGAGCAGCAGCCACGGGUGGCAGGGGAGAAGAAACAGGGCAGGAAAGUGCUGGUGGCGGUGGAUGACAGCGACGGGAGUUUCUACGCGCUGAAGUGGACGCUUGACCACUUGUUUAACAUGAACCCGGCCGCCGAGUUGCCAACCGCCGGCGGUGAUGUUGUCGAGCCGGCGGGAAGCGACUCUAGCAUGAUUGUACUGGUCAACGUUCAGAAGCCUUAUCAACCAUACGUUUAUCCUGCAGGUCCAGUAAUAUAUCCGACGACAACGGUGGUUGAGUCUGUGAGGAAAGCCCAGGCAGAAAAUGCUGCAGCUGUUCUGAGUCGUGCACUUCAAAUGUGUAAAGAUGUGAAGGUUAAGGCAGAAACUAUGAUUCUGGAAGGUGAGCCAAAGGACAUGAUCUGUGAUGUUGCUGAGGAUCUGCAUGUUGAUCUUGUGGUUGUCGGUAGCCGGGGGCUCAGCAAGUUUAAGAGGGCGUUUCUGGGAAGCGUGAGUGAUUACUGUGCACAUCAUGUGCAGUGUCCAAUCCUCAUUGUGAAGCCACCCAGAGAGGAACAAGUCCAUGACAAGUAG